UUCUGCAGGAUGUGUCACAGCGGUGUCCCACACUGAUACCUCUGUUGUAUUUCAGAUGAGAUGCAAAGUUACUUCCCCACAGUCAAACUCUCCUAAUGAUCUGCGCAAACUCAGCUGCACAUGCAGGCCAGCUGAAACGAGUCGGUUAAACAAAAAACUCGUUAUCUUCAAGUAAUAUCUGACAACCGGAGCAGGCUGGAUGCAGUGUGAGGGUUUUCUUAAGAUUGCAGAUCAGUUUCAGAAAACUGAAAGCGACAACAGGAAACGAGAGAAAGAGCGCCACUGACACAACUGAAAGCUGGCCUGCGUCCAUGAAGCUUCGUCCCCUCCUUGUGGUCUGUGAACUGAGGCGAUGGAGAGCCCGUCGUCCAUAGUGAGGCGGCGAGCCUGGAUCAACAGCAGCCGACAGUGGUCCAAUUUGGAGCUGGACCCCGAGGGGCCGCGGUGCGACCCCCCCUCUGCCUCUAUAGCAGACGACGAUGUCUUUUCUGACGGAUGCUUCACUGGAAAGAUUGAGAACUGGCUCCUGGGUUGUGGGACGGAGGCCUGCUCAGAGAAGACCGGUCGGCUGAGUUUCGAGUCUGUGCUGAAAGCCAGCAAGUUGGACGAUGAGCUCAGUCUUGGUGCUGAUGCUUCUUUGUUAAAUGUUGGAGAGAUUACAUCUAAAGCUGGCCUCGCACAGCCUCCUCCCUUCAAACAAGGUCCCAGCAGACUCACUAGUACCCCUCGUAAGAAACUAUGUCUACCAUCUCUGAACUUGGGCCACAGCAUGGCCUCCAGCUGCCUCUCGUCCUCCACCUGUAAAACUACGUCAAGCAUAUCGGAGGUCCUGAAGUUGUGUUCGGAGGAUGCAGAGGAGACGCUGUACGAGCUGGGUUUCGGCUGCGAUGAGCCGCAGGUCACUGUCCGCAUCCCUCCUCGCUUCUUCACCUUCCCUUCUCUGUCUCGGGGCAUCAACUUCCGCCUCUUCCUGGACUCCCAGCUACGGCGGAUACGAGAGGAAGACCCCAGCCUCUCUCUUGCUAGUCGUUUCAGACAAGUGCAAGUGCUCACAGCAAUGGCCAACGCUUUCUACUCCCUCUACUCUCACGUGUCCCGCACUCCUCUACAGAAACUGGCCACACCUGAGUUUACCUUCUCCUCGUCUCCCGAUGAGAGGAUCGAACGCUUCAGGAGCAACGUCCGCAGCGAGCCCCGCUCUCCGGUGGAGAGGCUGAAGGAAACCGUCUCCAAGAUGUGUCUCUACACGGGCUCUCCUCGCGGGUCAGACUCCGCUUCUCCGCAGCCCUCACCCAGAAAAAGGUCCAGCCUCACUGAUGUUGUGGAUAUAGUCCUGGAGAAAGUCAAGAGCGGGGCGACAAAGAAACUGGACAUGGGGGAAUAUAAUUGGACUAAUUCAGCUGUGGAUGUUAGGCUGGUCACGGAUGGUGAUAAAGCCUGUGACAGUGGGAAAGAGGAGCAAACACAGCAGACCAUGGAGGACACGGAGAUUCUUCAAAAUGGAAAUAAGAUCUGUCAUAAGGAGCGGCAGGGCUGCAAAGAAACAGAUAACGUUGUUGCAGAUGAAAACGGCGUCAAACCAGCAGACCUUGACAGCAGGACUCGCAGUGUCGGAACAUCCGUCGCGUCAUCAUUAUCAGGAGAAACUGUGACAGAAGCAGGUCAGCCGGAGCUGGACUCAUGUUGUACUCAAAGUGAGACAAGGACUGUCGAUCUGAAACCAGUUGUCAAGGUUACAUUCGAUCUAAUCUGCCCGCAGAUAGUCGAAAAUGUACACCAGGCACCUUUAUUCUGUCAACAGACACAUAGUCAGAAAACAAACACUUUACUUGCUAUCUCCUCUGAGAGAGUAAGAAUAGAUAGAUGUCCUGUUUUACAAAAACCUGAUAUCCCUGAGCCUGAUGGCAGACUGCUGCAUGCAUCCAGAUCACUUCCUGUCCUGGCUCCGGAUGGAAGCCUCGCCCAGUGCUGCAGCACUGUGACUGGCCGGGAGGGGGACGACGUCUCUCCUUGUUCCUCGAACACAGUAGAUGCCGCUCAUACUUCUGCUGUUACGUGUGCGCAGACAUGUGAGGAGGCAUUUAACGAGAGGAAAAGCCCGUACCUGACCCCACAGACACGUCGGGGCCUGGGGCUCCACUGCAAUAACCUGCAACAGGUUAACUCAUUCGAGCUGGAGGAGGUGCAUAGUGCAGGAGAGGAAGAUUUUGGACAGUCAGAAACUACAGGAACAAAAACCUCCCCGUUGUCCGAAAAUCCUCAAUACAAAGGUGAGGUGGCCCGGGGUGACAGCAUGCAGUCAGACAGCAGCGGCUACGCAGACGAAGAAGUCAGCCUCUCAUCGAACACACACAGCAGUUGACAGAAAGCCCAGAACUUCAUGUAGAAAACGUUAACAAAGUUUUUUCUCGCCUGUGGACUUUUUUACUGCACUGAUUUUAGUUACAAACAAAGUGCCUCCAUUCAGGCUCAAAAGAUUAAGAUGUCAUGGUACUGUGAGAGACUUGGUCACAUGUGAAACUUUCAGAGACUGAAGAAGCUUUUUUUCCUCCCAAGAAGAAGAGUUCCAGACACGCAAAGCAUUACGUUUCUCCCCAGUGCUCAUACUGAACACAGAAUAUUGUAAAUAAGUAAAACUAAGUAAGUAAAACUGUCCAUAUUCAAAGUU